GUUUACCAUUCAUUGUAGUAUUUUCAGUUUGUUUGUUUUGUUCACCCUUCAAGACAAGAAGUAGAAGACGUAUAAUUUCUAUAAUAACCAACGCUGUAAAAACACUGAAGACUGCUUCUUUCUGUAUAAAGACAAAACACAUCUUACCACUACCAAAUUUAAUAAGAAGCCCAAGCACGAAAAUAUUUCAGCACAUCGAACCUAUCAUCAUUAGAUAUAUGUCAGUACAAGACCAUCAGAAGAAGAAAAGAAUGAAUGAAUGGAUGUGUGCUGCUGGGGAGGCCAAGUCUCCUUGCAUUUCCAUAAGAGGUCAAUUUGGUUAUCGUUUACAGAGCAUUUCUAUACCCUUGAGCUACUUUCCUGCAGGACGCCUCAGUUGAAAACAAGUACAAGACUGUCUCACCAUUGCUUUUCUUGACUUCCCCUAAGAAACAGUACCAUCUUCAGCUCUGGCUCCACUUUCCUGGAAUGCAAAGACAUCGCUGUCAGUGUAGAGGCAGGCAGCAUACUAUCAUUGAAUCGUGCAGGCUGCAAGACUGCUCUGCACAUGGUCCUCUUUCCAUUUUUUUAAAGGCAAAAUUCAAGUGAGUUUUCACACCUGAGGUUAUAAUGUUAGACAGAUGAAUUAAAAGCAGUUGUAUGUGUAGUCUGGUCAUACAAGUAUAGCAUAGUGUACACAUGUAAUACAACCACCACCUGCACUGCUCAGCUACAUUCAGGUGGAAACAUGCAAGUCCAGCCCGAUAAGCUGGGGAAGGGGAGAGAGAAGAAGUGCAAGGAGAAAGACAGUUUCUACCACCCAUAAGAGAUGCAUUUACUUUUCCUAGUAAAAGAAACCUAAAAUUGACCAUUGUCAUCCUGUAGCAUAAAUCACUCUCUCUUUUGGCAAAUUUGAAAACACUGGGCUCUGUUAUAACAGUUAAAAAUGUCCUGGGCCUGGAGUUGUUUACCCAGUAGUUGCUGCUCUAAAGUUACAGAGCUGUGGUUGGAAGCAGAAGCUUGAAGGCUGGCUCCAAGUCAGUGACGUCACAGGAGGCUCAGCAGCUGCUGGGACACUGAGCUCAGCCCUUGGACUUUUGAACGUGGUGAAAGACUCCAAGGGCCUUGUCAGUACUGCUCUGCGGAAUGGUUUGACUGGGGCUGCAGCCCCCUCCCCUUACUUCUGUGUACAAGAUUUACAGAGCUUUGCUUGGCUCUGAAGACGGAUAGCUCGCCACUGCUCUUUGCAUUGCUAGACUGACGGGUAGUCAAGCUGCUGCAGGAUCAACCCUCUAGUGCAAAAAGGCUUUACUUUAAAGGCAAGUGACUGCUUCAAAUAAAACAACUCCAAGCUUCAGGAACUGGUGGAGAGAAAGCAGAGACCAGCAGAAACACUUCUCCACUGACCCUCGCACAGUUACCAUGGACCUGCAAAAGCAGUGGGAGAACACAGAGCCUAACUGGCAUAAGGAAAAGAUGGAAUUACUGGACCAGUUUGACAGUGAAAGGAAGGAAUGGGAAAGUCAAUGGAAAAUCAUGCAGAAGAAGAUAGAAGAGCUUUGCCAUGAAGUAAAGCUUCGGAGGAAAAUCAACAGGGGUGAAGGUGCUAAAGUCCUCGGUCUCGAUCAUGAGACGGGCAUUGGGAGUGAAAUGUUGGCGCCUCCUCCAAAUGAGCCCAGCUCAGGACAGUGUGAACUCACAGAGAUGGACCACAGCAGUGCCUGGGAAGGGAAACACGGGACAGGGCAGAGCUUACUGGAUGAAGAAAACGCACUGUGUAAAGGACAAAAGCUGCCAAAGAAAUCAAAAGUAGGAUUCAUAGACCUGUUGGCUACAGGCAAACAAAAGGGCCAUGAGGCUCUACCUGGUCUUGGGACUUCAGAAGAGGAGAGGAAGAGCUGCUCUGGGGCCCUCCACACAGCUCUUGAAGAACUUGCCAGAGUUAGCGAAGAGCUGUGCAGCUUUCAAGAGGAAAUCCGAAAGCGGUCUAGCCACAGAAGGAUGAAGUCAGACUCUUUUCUCCAGGAAACGCCGAAAGCAGUCAGUGCACCUCAGGGGAACCACUUGAUCAACAAUGGCCAGUGCAUUUUUCCAAUCAGUUUCGAAAAAGAAAAACAGACGCGGGGAAAGAAUCUGAGCUGUACCAGUGUGUCCCAAAACAACUCUGUAAAAAGUUGCGGAAUUGGUGCAGUUGAUUUGCAAACACAUGAAACCCCACCGGUUCCUCCUCCGAGGAGCACAUCUCGAAAUUUCCCCAGCUCAUAUUCCGGACAAGCCCAAGAGCAACUGAAGGGAAGUGUAGACCACAAGAGCUGGGCAGCCUGUGGGAGUCCAGGUGGAAGGAGCUGCAGUCCUCCUUUUCUUUCGAGGCAGCGUGAGAUACCUACAUUGGGUCCAGAUGAAGGGAAGACUUUGGAAGAUAGUGUCGUGUUUUCCUCUUUGACACCAGAAAUCCAAAUAGAUAGCAGGGCUCCCGGUAGCGUUAGACUUGGCGUAAGCCCAUGCACUUUUGAGGUAGAUGCCAAAAGGAGCCCCUCUGCUUUGCGGUUUCAGAAUACCUGCUCUCUCCCAACCAAGCCACAGUUAGAAAACGUGCUUGCAGAUCACUCUGAAAAAUCUCCUGUUCUCCCCGUAAAUAAUGACAGUAGUUCCUUGGUGGCACAGAGCAGUGGUCCACUUGGAAGUUUCACCUGUGGCUUUGAAAGGACUACAAGGAAUGAGAAGCUGGCCACAAAGACUGAUGAGUUUAACAGAACUGUGUUUAGAACAGACACACACUGUCAUGCAGCAUGGCAAAAUGAAAGCUACUCACAAUCAUCUGAAGAUAGUAAGCCUUCUGAUACCCCACCUGCCCCUGUAGGUGGCCUAUCCGUCAGUGACAACGUGACCGAUAUUCUGAAAACCAGCACCUACGUGCCUGAGCCCACAGAAAAUGUACCUGUUAAUCAUACCGGGAAGUCCACAGCUGGCCUGGCUAGACAAAUGCAGGAACAGAUGCCUUCCGGCGGUUACCGGACUGUGCUUCAGGAGCGUGACUGGAGACCAAGCAGUUUAUCUGGCAGACCAAGAUCCGCUGACCCAAGAUCCAACUACGGCGUCGUGGAAAAGUUGCUGAAAACGUAUGAAACGUCCGCGGGCCCUGCAUUUUGGAGCUCUAAAUGCGUGCGGGAAAAUUGGACCAAGUGGGACACGGAUGUCAGUGACAGUUCCACGUCAAGUCGAUGCUUACAAGGGAUUCAAAUGGAGCAGGAGUUUCAGCCAAGGACAGUUUGGGGCGGGGGACAGCAAGUGAAGCCAGGAGUAGAUCGCAGAAAGGUGACGGAGGAAUCCAUGGCUGUGAAAGCCACACAUGGAAAAGGAUUUUUACGUCCUGCAAGGCCAGCAAAUCGCCGCCUCCCAUCCAGAUGGGCAUCCAGAUCUCCAUCAGCACCCCCUGCCUUGCGGAGGACUGCCCCCAGCCACACCAUUUCCCUCCUGUCUGAAACACCAGUGGUUUAAGUCUGUAGUCUGCAUUGCUAGAUUACAAAAGUUCUAUUCCUGAUUGCCAAACCAAACAUUCUGAGUGUUUACAGCUAAGUCCUGUUCUCUCCUCUGUCUUUCAAGAUCACUGGGACAAGCAAUGUAAAUUUUAACUUCCCAUCAGUCUUCAGUGUUUUUAACCUAUAGAUUAAUGAUUUCCUUGUAUUUUUAUUUCGUAGAUCAGAAUUUUUAAUGUCAUGGUCAUUACCUCCCCCGUGUGAUUUAAGUUGAAACAGUGUAUAAUACUGUAUAUUCUAACUUUCUUGCAAGUGGUAGAAAGCAAGGUUAUAUGCAUGGCCAUGUGUUUGUAGGUGCAUGUCUUUCAAUAGGAAGUACUCCUAUGUAUUUAGAUAAGAAAAACGUAUGUGCUAGUGUCGACUUUGAAAUUAUAAUAUGUGCACCUAUAUAUUCUUUGUGUUUAUUUAAAAGUUUUGAAAAUAUACAUUACUAUUUAUAUUUUAUAUACCUUUUAAUAGGUAUCUGCCUAAAAGCAUUUGAAGUUCAUAUAUCAAUGAACCACUUACUUGGCUCACAAGUACAUUGAAAAAUAAGAAUUAUACACGUAUCUAACAUCAGGAGUUUUCUAAACACACCUUAUAAAUGACUUCUUAACCUAUUUAUAAGGAUAAACUAAUACUGUUGACUUUUCCUGUUUAUUCUUUUAAAUAGAAGUCACAAGUUUAACAGAUCAUUCUUCUAAAGCAAGCUAAAGUGUUGAUAAGUGCUUUUAUACAUCACAUGGUGGUCUCAAAUGGCUUUAACUGUAUACUUGAUUUUCUGAGCCAGUGUCAUGAGACUACCUUACGAACAACAUGACUAAGUAAUGAAUUUAUUUUAUCAGCAUCAGUAAAGGGCAUUCCUUAAAUGGGAUGCAGAAACUUUACAUCAUAUUGAAUAUUCCCUUUCUGUUAAAAUCGUGGUAAGCUUUUAGUUUUGCUUUAUCUGGAGUUAUACAUAUUUAAAGGUAAGUUGUUCUUUCUUCCCUUUCUUAACCUUUUCCCUAAACUUGUAGACAGCCUAAAAUUCAGGUUUUUAUUAUUAUUAACAAGAAAGAUCAGGAAUAAUAUUUCAUUGAAAGCUCUAGGUUACAGUAUAUUUCCUAUGGUGUGCUAUCAAAAUAAAAAAAGCCUUAAACUAAACUUUGGCACCCAUAGUAGCAUAUGGAACAGAAAUGUGUAUCUUGGCUACAAUUUCCAUACACAGAAUGAAUAAAAUCUUGAAAAUUGAUAUAAAAAAGAAUGUUUAAGACCUUAGAAUUUCACACGAAGGAUCGAUCUUACAAGCAACUUUUUCUCUUUUGUGUCCAUUUAAAACGAACUUUGUUAUGGUGUUAUUUACACAUUAACUACAUUUAGGCUUUUCCUUUACACCAAAAGAUAGUAAGAAAUUCUUACAUCAAUCAUAAUGAAGGGCCUUCUCCUCAUGAUGCUCCGACGACUUAGAGGAAUUCAUUUUAUUAUAUACUGCCUAGGGGUAAAGUAAACAAUUUGAAAAUUUCAGACAGCCUUAACAGGCUCAAGACUGUAGCAUGGCUAUGGCUUGAAUCGUGCUUUACAAGAAGGAGAACUCCAAGGGAUAAAGUGAGUUCUAGGAUGUGAGUUGUGAUUGAUCCAAUGGUAAAUAAGGGUUACAGGCCUGUUCUUCUAACUCUCAUUUCCUGGAGUUAGCUUUUUCUGCAAGAAAUCCGUGAAAGAAAAGUAACGUUGCCCUGAAGUGUUAGUCCUCUAACUAUGUGCUUUAUCUGCCAGAGGGGAGAAAGUCAUGAAAAAGUGACACCGCAGGGCAUGAGAAGCAGGCCAGGUAGCAGGGUGGGGCUUUGCGUGGUGAUGCCCAAGAACUGUGCAGUGCCUCUUCCUCUCCGUCUUGUGUCUCAGGCAGUCUGACACCAUCUAUAGUCCCUGCCUUUAACCGACAUAUCUGAAUCCUCAGGAUCUCAUCUUCACAAAAUGAAAUUCCUCAGUUCUUUUCCAUAAUUGCUAAAGCAACAGUCGUGGGAGUCAGGACUAAGAUUAUGGGUAUCCUUAUAAAAAGAAAGUAAUGCAAAAUACUUGAUGAGCGGCCCGAUUUGUAAGCAGUGACAUGAGCAGAUACCUGAACAGCUAUGGGUCGUCAUUCUUGGUCAUUUUCUUCCCUGAGACUUACCUUUGUGAUCUGUAAACCGACUCCUUUGCCAGACUUCACAAAAAGCCUCUUUCCCUUUAUGGUCUGAAUGAACCACUAGACUCAUUUUAACUCCUUGUUAUGUUGACUGAAAUGGUAGAACUUUGGAUCUGAAAAAUAAUUAUUAUCUAGUCUAAGCCCUAGAAUUUAAAAUGGAAGAAACAAAUUUUGUGUUCUCCUUUUAAAUAUUUUAUCAUGUUUUCAUGAAAAAACCUAUCAGGUAACAUUUGAAAACAUUUUGGCUGUGUCGUGAUUUUUAACUCAUAAAUUUUCUACUUUAGAUCGGCAUUUUCUUCCCCCCAAGUAUAUCUUUCAUGUUCCAAGCAUUGCAGGACUUAAGGAAUUUAUUGAUAUUUAUAAAAAUUAUUUAAAUACACCUAUUUGUAAAUGUUUUCCCUAAAUAAUUUGGGAAGGAUGGUCCUGCAUUAUUUCAUGAAGAAUGACUGAUAGUAUCAGCUGAACUGAGGAAAAGAGUAAGAAUGAAACAGAAGAAAGUGCUGGGUGUGUGUGUGUGUGUAUGUGAGCGUAUGUGUGCGCACGUGUGAGUGUGUGUGUGUGUGUGUGUGUGUGUUGCCCCCUGCUCUCACAGAAAUUCUAGAUCUUGCCUUGCGUCUGACAGCCCAGUGUAAAACUAUAGAGGAUGCUCUGUAUAAUCCACUGUUUAAACACUUAUGUGUAAAUCUUCACUUGUGUUCUUACAGAGAUAGUGAAGAUGAUAUUUCAUUUGGUUUAUUUUACCCUAAAACAUGAUUGAUUUCAAUAGCAGUGAUUUAGCCAGGGUCCAUAUCACCUGGACCAAAAAAAAAAAAAAAAAAAGUACCUGCUUCCCUAAAAAGAUCUCUAAAAUUAUCUCUAGGCAUACUUGCUGAUAAACGGUUACUUGAUAUUGAAAUCUCCUUUGAUUCUUGGACGUUAAUAAAUAAAAUAAGCUUGGAAACA